AUGAGUGACAAGAAGCGCAAGAACGUCGAGGAGCAGGCCGUGCAGCCUGAGGGCAAGAAGGCGCGGAAGGAAGAGAAGAAGGACAAGAAGGAGAAGAAAGAGAAGAAGGUGAAGGAUGUUGUUGAGGAGGAGGUGAAGGAAGAUAAGAAGGAGAAGAAGGACAAGAAGGACAAGAAGGAGAAGAAAGAGAAGAAGGAGAAGACGGAGGAGGAGCCGGAGAAGGAAAGCAAGGAAGAAAAGAAGAAGGAGAAGAAGGAGAAGAAGGAGAAGAAGGAAAAGAAGGAGAAGAAGGAGAAGAAGAAGGAACAGGAAGACACGCCCGCCGCGGACGCAAUGGACGUUGACGAGCAACAAGACGAGCCCGCCGAGAAGAAAGAGAAGAAAGACAAGAAGAAAGACAAGAAAUCGAAGAAGGAGAAGAAAGAAAAGAUCACCUCCGACGACCAGCAAGCAGAGCAGGAGACGACCGAGUCGCAACCCGCCGAGAAGCAGAACCGAUUCAUCGUCUUCGUCGGAAACCUCCCCUACUCGGCCAACACAGAGUCGCUGAAGAAGCAUUUCGAAAAGAACCCACCUGCCUCGGUGCGCGUGGCCACGGAGAAAGACAAGCCCACUAAGUGUCGCGGCUUCGGCUUCGUCGAGUUCGACCACUACGAUCGCAUGAAGACCUGUCUGAAACUGUACCAUCACUCUAUGUUCGACGACGGAAAGUACCCGCCGAGACGAAUUAAUGUGGAACUUACGGCCGGCGGCGGAGGUAAAUCGGACCACCGCAAAGCCAAGAUCGAAGCCAAGAACAAGAAGCUGGCCGAAGAGCGCCAAAACAGCCUGCACAAGGAGAAGGAGCGCAAGACGCAGCCCGAAGAGAACGAGGUGGAUGAGUGGGCGGGCAUCCAUCCUAGCCGACGGAAUCGGAUGGCUUAG